UUUCUGCCUCCAACUUACAAUAUACCUCGAUCGAUACAACCGACAUCUGCCUUACCCUCGUAAUUGUGCUGAAUGUGUUGCCCUCAAAAUGCAAACUCGAUCACGGUCGCCUUCGCAGUAUCCAGAUACUACCACCAUUAAUUUAAACAGGCUUCUCUCCCGAUUAGAACACAUAUUACUGUCACCUGAAGCGUCUCCUAAUCUCCAAAAUUCGAGCCUAGAGCGCAAAAGAGUUGGUGCAAAUGUCGAAUACGCCCGAACGUUGCUUCUAAACCUCGAGCAUUCCGCUACCACAUCAUCCGCAUCGAAAGCAAAGAAGACCGCCCUUCAAUCGGAUUUACAAAAGAAGCGCGAACUUAUCAAGCAAUUGAAUCAGCGAUUAUUAGAACUCAAUCAGCUCGAUGACGGAGUGGAUUCGGAUGUCUCUGUGGACUCGGACGAUGACGAUGAGGAUCAAUUCCCCUCAUAUGCCCCGCGGCUCAAAACUCAGGAGGGCAUAGAAGUCAAUCAAUCUGGGGGUCAAGGCAACCCUGCGUUGCAAGAAGCGGCAAAGAAUCUCACAUCGGAACUGCGGCGGAGAGGUGGUCCUGAUGGUGGAACGGGCACAACAGCAUCGGGUACAUCGUUAUUCCCGUCCAAAUCUACAGCAACUACAGGCGACCCAUCAAUCGCACAAUCGGAGGCUCUCCUGUCUCACAACCGCCAAGAGCAGGACAAUUUGACAAACAGCCUGCUCGAGAUGGCGAAGCAGCUCAAGCAGCAAUCGAUAACGUUUGGUCAAACCUUGGAGAGCGAUAAGGGUGUGUUAGACCGAGCUACACAAGGGCUUGAUAAAAGUACACAAGGGAUGGAGGCUGCGGGUCAGCGAAUGGGCACAUUAAGACGAAUGACAGAAGGAAAAGGCUGGUGGGAUCGUAUGAAGCUAUAUGGCCUUAUAUUUGGCCUUUGGGUGGCGUGUUUCUUGAUCGUCUUUGUUGGCCCAAAGAUCCGAUUCUAGAUGCAAGGAGUUCUCCAUCCAAGGAAAGAUACCCAACAACGAAAACACCACGAUGGUGAAUGGAAUCCACGAAUGAAUGAGUACCAAUUUUGCGCCUACAACCUGGAAUAUACCCAGCAAAAGCCACUGCGAUGACUAUUCCGCUCCGCCACCGUCAGAUCGAUUUGGCGUGUCGAUUGAUCCGUCGGAUGGUUAAGGCUUAAACUAUGCCAUUGGAGGAUACAUGUAAUACAUGAGUGCGAAAUGAAGGACGUAUUGGCAACACUGCAUUGUACCCCACAAUAUCUGUCAAUCGACACUAGUACAUUUUGGUUUUC